AAUUGCCCAGUAGUUCUAGGGGGUUUCCUCUGUCUGGUGUGAUCUACUGGUAAAGAGCAGAGAGACCCGAAUGGUGACGUGCAUGGCCUGGUAGAAGACUGGAGAGCCCCGAAUGGAGACAUGACACAAGGGUCACGCUUGACCGGAUACAGCCUCUUCCUGACCUUGAUGAUCACGGAUAAACCUGAGAUAUACAAUCCUAGAUAAAUCCCUGUAGAAGACCAAGCCUGAAGAAUGUCGUACAAGGGAAGCAAAGUAAAGGAAGAUCCCAAGUUGGGAGGUACGUCUGACACAAAUAACAAUUUAACCAUAGCCACUAAACCCAGAGGCAGAGGAACCACCAUGGAGGGUAUUGGUGGUACCUAUGAACUAGUGUCUGGUGUUGGCCUAGUGCUAGUGGAGGAGGCCUCCGCUACAAGUAGUCUAAGAGUUCAGGGAGAACAGGCAACCUUGCCUCUACUGGAACAGGCAGUCUUGCCUCCACCACAACAGGCAACCUUGCCUCCAGCCAAAGAGACAGCCUUGUCAACCUCAAAAGAGGGUUUUUAUGACUAUAAGUGCCCUAGAAGCGGCAAGAUGGAAAGAUCCUACCUCAUCAGUCAACGGGACCAGAGAUGCCCGGUGCGUGGGUGUCCAGUGAUGACCAGGAGUGUCAAGAGCCAUGUCUUGGGGGAGCACCUUUCCUUUAUGUUUGCCCCCACUCAGGAGUUUCAUUAUAUGAGGGAUCCUUCCUUUCACCGUUACAGGGGUCACAUGGUAAUGGUCCUGGCCCAGUGGCUAACUGGUAUCAACUCUGCCACUUAUGAUGACUUGGUGCAGUUCAUCAGGAGGAACGCUAGAGUCCCGAUUGAUUAUCCCCAGGCGGGAGAAGAAAUGCCUGUGUUCCGCACAGUUUGCCGGGAGAUGGGGUGGCCUACCCAGGCCUGGUUUAAAAUAGCACCGGUGUGCAAGAUUAGCAGCCCUGUGUGCAUCCUGCACUAUCGAGUAAUGUCUAGUGUGCUACAUUUCCUUACUCCAACACAUCAAGACAUGAUGUUUACAGAAAGGUUUAUCCAGAGGGAGAACAACCUCAGCCUUGAGGUGUUACAGCAAAUGAACAAGCUGUUCAUGGCCUCACCUGUUGUGAGUGAUUUGGUUCCUGCUGGAGCUGAGUCCAGUAGCCCUGCACCUGUGGACAAGACAAACACCAUCCCAGAUGUCCCUGAGGUUGGAAAGCUCUGUGCUGCUGUGGCAGUAGCCACUAUUCAGGAAGCCAAGAAGGUAGAGAUAUUACCUAUUAGAGGAUAA